AGUUAUAGGCGGUCGUCUCGAGCGGGCAGCAUUGGACCGGUUGCAUGCUGUGGUCAACUAUUUUAUAAAAUCUCCACCUUGCCAAAACACCACGAAUACGGUGGAAAUAUGGCAACUCGGAGGCUGCUGUCAGCCACAAUCCCCCGUCUUCUUGAGACAACCACGACCAUCAUUUGAACAUGGAAUUAAGGAUGCAAGACAAUAAACGGAGUGCAAAGCUUUUGAGAGAGAAAGGGAGAACGUUCGGUUCCUCGCAUUGUAUUCCAGAAUCAGACUGACUGCAUUGCCGACAGCCAUACAUAAUUGGUGAACAUUGGCGUAUGAUCUUUUAGUUAUAUUGAAUUAGAACAUUCUGCUUUACAAACGGUCUGAGAGGGAAAAACCGGUAUAUGUCAAUUUCUUCAUGUCAUCGUCUAAUUGAACAGGAGAAAAAAUGAGUGAACAGAGUAUCUGCCAAGCCCGCGCCUCAGUCAUGGUGUACGACGACACCAGUAAGAAGUGGGUUCCAAUCAAGCCGGGCCAGCAGGGCUUCAGCCGCAUCAACAUCUACCACAACACGGCCAACAACACCUUCCGCGUGGUCGGGGUCAAGCUACAGGACCAACAGGUAGAGGUGGUGAUCAACUACUCCAUAGUGAAGGGGCUGAAGUAUAACCAGGCCACGCCCACCUUUCACCAGUGGCGCGAUGCCAGGCAGGUUUACGGCCUCAACUUCGCCAGCAAAGAGGAGGCCACCACCUUCUCCACCGCCAUGAUGUUCGCCCUCAACACGCUCAGCUCGCAAGAUGGAGGCCCUGCUGUCCAACGCCAAAAUGGGCCCUCCUCAGAGGACCCCGAUGUACCGAGGAGGCAAAUGAUGGAGCCGCAUCAAAUGCAGGGAGUGGUCCACAAAGAGAGGGAGCGACGGACGUCUGGCUCAGGUCCGGUUUCUCUCCCCGCCGUGCUCGCUGUGGCCCCACCGGUGGCUCCCCCUGCCCCUAUGGCACCUAUGGCCCCCCCUCCUCCACCGGGCCCCCCGCCUCCGGCCACAGUGCCACCGCCCAUGCCCCCCCCACUACCGGUUGGUGGAGGGCACGGAGGGCCUCAUUUAGAGGGUGCAGGGAACGAGCUGGCACAGCCACUCUCAGGUCUGGCUGCUGCCCUGGCUGGAGCCAAACUCCGCAAAGUUGCAAGGGAUGAGAACAGUCCACCAGGAACAAGUGUAGCCAAGAACGAUGGCAACCGCUCCAGUGGAGGGGAGGGGCUAAUGCAGGAAAUGAACGCCCUUCUAGCACGCAGACGGAAAGCCUCAGAGAAACCUGAAGAGGAGGAUCCCAAGCCAGGGCAGAACUCCACAGAUGCGGGGAAGAAUCCAUGGGACCGAGCCAACUCUGUAGACAAGGCCUCACUGGUAUCAAGGGUGCGGCCCGUGGGCAGCACUAGUGAGGGAGACCUAGACUUCGACAGGAUGAAGCAGGAAAUCUUGGAUGAAGUUGUACGUGAAUUGCAGAAGGUGAAAGAUGAGAUCAUUAAUGCCAUUAGACAAGAAAUUGGUCGAAUCCAUACAUGUUAAUCUGUGGACAACAGGAUGUGCUGGAGUAUGAAGGAUUAGAAGGUGUGCUGGAAAGGAAUGUUCUCAACAUUUCUGUGACGCUGUGAAAAUAUUGCUGUGACGCUGCAGAAAGGUUGAGCCAACAUUGAGUCUGCUGUGCAGAACAGAAAGGUGAAGAAGAAGAAGAAAAAGUUGGAGAAAGAAAGUGAAUGAGAGAGAAAAGAAUGGUUAAAUGAACAAAGGAUGUGCGGACGGAAGGAUGGAUAGACGCUUGCACCUUUUUCAUCCCCCCCUUUUCUGUGCAUUUCGAGACAGUCCAGUUUGCAGCUCUCAGUCUGUUCUAAGUCUUACAAUAGAAAAUAUUUUUGUUUUCUAAGUUUUUACUGUUUUAAUAUUAUUGUUUUUUUAAACUGUGAUUAUUUUAUUAUUCAUACCAUCAUAUAGAGAGGGAGAGAGACAAAAGACAAACUGUUGUUCUUCAUUGGCGGGUUCUAGAGGAAACUUGCACCCCAAUUACAUCAGCCUUUUAUAUUUUAUAUGAUUUACUUUAUCCUUGGGUGUUUGACCAGCACGUAUGGCACAUACUAUGCUUUAGUCACCUGACCUCAGUUUUUAAAAAGCUUUUUAUCUAUUUACCAGUAACAGGGCAGUGUUCAUUGGGCCCCAAAUGGAAGAAAACUGACAAACGGGGAGGGAGUACCGUUCUCCAUUGUAAAACGUUUGAAAAAUAUGUUCCAUUUUGUGCCCUAAUAAACACAACCCCGGUGUAUAAAAAUCACUGUAAUUUUGGGAUCAUUCAAAAAACGUACCAACAACUGUAAAUUCACCAUCUACGUAUUCCCAAAAUAGAUCAAAUGAUCCCUAGGCUGCCCCUACGAAACCCAUACAGUAGUCUAUAUCAGAGGUGUCAAAAGCUAGUCUUCAACAAGGUCCGGAGGGCCGCAAUGAAAAUUAGUUACAUUUCCUUGCUGUCAAAAUCCCCCCCCAUUAUCAUUUAUACACAGUUUUGACUUGGUUUUAGUCAUUUUUGUAUAUUGAGUCCCCCCCCACCUAAAAAAAAUAAAAAUAUGCAAAAAAAAUUUUUUUGUUUUUACUCAAACCACCCCUCACGGGCCGGAACCCCUCACCCUCACGAGCAGGAACCCCUCACGGGAUUGGAACCCCUCACGGGCCGGAACCCCUCUCCCCUCACGGGCCGUAUGUUUGACACCCCUGGUCUAUAUGGUUUAGUCCGGUGUAUUAACCAUGCAUUUUGUUUUUAAGUUGGGUUUUCAAAAUGGUGGUACAUUUACAAUGGUGGUUUGUUUUUUUGUGAAUAUCCUCCUUGCUAUUUAAAGUAACUGUCCAGUUUUCAAUUAAACAUGACCUAUAAUUACAAUAUGAAUUGAAAUACUUAAAAUGACAGCUUUUCUGUGUUGGAAUGGUGUGGGCGUAUGCCGAUCAUUAAAAAUAUUCACGCGAGUAAACCGCUGAUUGUCCAGCUCAGCCAAUGAGGCAGGAUGACAUCAUUCUCUAUGAGGAAAUAGCAUUGUUUUAUUCGAUCUGUUUGAGAUACAAGUUUGAGGUGGGGUUUUUUUUAAUGUUUUUUUUUCUCCAAUUUAUGCUUUGGCCACAUACGAGUGUAGGAUGAGUCAUCAACAUUAUUUGGAUAUGAUUUAACAGAAUAUUAACUUUUAAAAGUGAGACUUUCACUGGACAGUUACUUUAAGGUUGAACUUGAAUUUGAUGUGAAAAUGGAGCCAGUUGCAAAAUAAAUUAAAAAGUAUACAUAAAUCAA